AGAAAUUUUUCUCAUGGAACACCCAACUGCAAGCUGCACAGUAAACUACUUCAACUAUUCAGUCGUUUCGGAGUCUCAUAAUUGAUAGUUAAUGACAAUGGAACACAGUUUACAUCCGCUACCUUCCCAGAAUUUCGUCGACAGAACGGAGUAAAUCAUGUUCAAACACGUCCAUUCCAUCCUCGAUCCAAUGAUAAAGUGGAACACUGUGAGCACAUUUAAAAAUGCUCUUAAAAUAUAAAGGAUAGGUGACCACCGAAAAAUCCUAGCGAGGUUCCUGCUUAUUUAUCGCUCUACAUCAAACCCUCAGACGAUUAAUGGGGUCUCCCCAGCAGAAGCUCUGCUUGGCAGAAAAACACGAACACAUUUCGAUGUCAUCUGUCCUACGCCAGCUCUCGAGCCUCAACAAAGCGUAUCGAUGGGGAAGCAGUUCAAUCAACAUCAUGGGGCACAAAGAUGAUUGUUCACGGUGAGUCAGAAAGUACUUGCUAUGGACUAUCGUGGAAACCAUCCUACAUGGACAGCUGAUCGGGUCGUGCAAGAGAAAGGAAAUGUGGUUUAUGAGGUGUCAGUUGGCUCAGAAGUUUGGGUACAUCAUGCUAACCAAUUGGAAGCAACUCCGACAACUAGCAACGAGACUCGUUAUAGAAUAUCUCUCAACGUUCUGCUAGACACCUUUGAAAUUGAAACGCCUAGAAUAGACAGGUUAGUUUCUGUGCAAGCAAAGAGUGAUACAACUUUAUUGCCUAGAUGAUGGACAAAUCGAAAUCACAGGCCGGUCACUCGGUUGCAGUUGGACCCUAGCACCCGAUCCUACGAACUUACUCAAAGGGGAAGUGUUAGCUGGACUUAGAUUAGAUUAAGGCAUGUUUCAUGCACGAUUGCUUUGGUGUGUGCUAAUUGGCUGAUUCUUAACUAAUCAGCGCUAGUCGAUACUUGGAGAAGUCUCUAGAAUUCUCUCUUGUAAAAACUAUAAAUACACUAACGUUUUUCUUAUUGUGCUUCUUACUUCCAUCUACUCUUGUUAUUUGGAAUAUAAUUUCUUUCCUGAUCAACCGUGUUCUGAUUUGGGGACUUGUCGAGUGAAUUGGUGUCCAAGAAUACUAAGCAAUAAGAAUAGCUGAGUUGUAAUAGAGAAUUAUAACAUUUUAAACCCUUUUGUCCCAUCUGACCAGGUAGAAAUCGUCACCUCAAACGUCUGUGUCAGCUGUUGUUUGUUAAACCCGUUGACACCGUACUUCUAUUUAGUUUUACCAUGUUUACCCAAGGUCGUGAAUUUAAGUUCUAUUUCGUAUUUUUUAUUAGAUUUUGUACCUUUGUUUGGUAAAUGGGGCUCAAACCCGUUACUCAUUAGUUGUGUUGCGUUUGCGUACUUCACUAGUGUGAAAUGAUUUAUAUUAAAAUUUGUAUCAGAUCAGUUUGUUCUCGGCAAUCAUCUUUUUUUCAGGUUAGUCAAUCAUGGGUGUUCCAGCUUUUUUCAGAUGGCUGAGUAUGAAAUAUCCAUCAAUUGUCACCCAUUGUGCAGAGAAACGUGGAGCUAUUUUGGAUGAUGAUGGCAAUAGAUCACCUAUAGAUACAUCGGAGCCGAAUCCAAAUGGAGAAGAAUUCGACAAUCUAUAUUUAGAUAUGAACGGUAUUAUCCAUCCAUGUACGCAUCCAGAAAACAAACCAGCUCCAAAAACGGAGUCGGAAAUGUUCCUAGCUAUUUUCGAAUACAUAGAUAGACUGUUUGCCAUUGUUCGCCCUAGAAGAGUACUGUAUAUGGCCAUCGAUGGAGUGGCUCCACGUGCUAAAAUGAAUCAACAACGCUCCAGACGUUUUCGAGCGGCUCAAGAGGCGAAAGAAAAACAAAUAACUAUUGAGCGUUUAAGGAAUGAACUAAUUGCAAGAGGGGCGCAUCUUCCACCACCUAAGGAAGAACAUUUUGAUUCCAAUUGUAUUACUCCAGGAACACCAUUUAUGGCACGUUUGGCUGUUGCUUUAAGGGGGUAUAUAUAUACUCGUUUGACAAAAGAUCCAGGAUGGAAGAAUCUGAUGGUAUUCUUGAGUGACGCAAAUGUUCCUGGUGAGGGUGAACAUAAAAUCAUGGAUUUUAUCAGACGACAGAGAAAUAAUCCAACUCAUGACGCCAAUACGAAACAUUGUUUAUGUGGCGCUGACGCUGACCUUAUAAUGCUUGGAUUAGCCACACAUGAACCAUAUUUUACUAUUAUUCGUGAGGAAUUUAAACCAAACCAACCAAAACCUUGUGAUUUGUGCGGCCAGAUGGGUCAUGAGAUGGAGGACUGCGUAGGUGCUCCAAAAGAAGAAGAUCCAAACGAAGGUCCUCCCCCACUACCUUCAGGAGAUGUGGAUUUCAUCUUUAUUCGCUUGAAUGUUCUAAGACAAUAUCUAGCAGAAGAUCUGAAGUUGGCCGGCAUUACAUUUGAAUGGGAUCUCGAACGAGUCAUUGACGAUUGGGUUUUUAUGUGCUUUUUCGUUGGAAAUGACUUCCUCCCUCAUCUUCCGAGUUUGGAAAUCCGCGAAGGAGCAAUCGAUCGUUUGAUUGAAAUCUAUAAGUCAACAGUCCAGAAAACGGGAGGGUGGCUGACUGAUAGUGGACGAGUCAAUUUAGAGCGUGUCCAACUCAUUAUGGUUGAUUUGGGAAAGAUGGAGGAUGAGAUCUUCAAAAAUCGUCGUGAAUCAGAACUACAGUUUCGUAAUAGAAAGCGUCAACAUUCAUCUGGCAAUGGUUAUGAUAAAAACCAACGCGGUUUCGCUCCACAGCGAUUGGGUCACCGCCCAUCAUUCGAAGUGUCUCAGUCUGGUUUUAUGGAACCUAUUCCCCUAAGAGGACGUCACGGAAUAGCACACCCCAAAGGUCACUAUACAAAUCAAGUCGUUUCUGCUGAUGAGUUAUUAGCUGCACGACGUUAUCAGGGUAGAUGUCAAGAAAGUGUUAAUUGGGUGGAUAGAAAUCUAAAUAACCUCGAGGCAGCAACAGCACUGAAAGCUAUGCUGAAACGCGAUAAACCUAUUGAAAACGGAAUCUCAAAUAAUAUGAAUAAUUCCACUAUUCUUCCGAAAAUACCUCGAAUUAUUUCUGAUAACAACACAAGUCCACAAGGUGUUUCAUCUGGUCGCAACAACAGAUCAGGUAAUCAUCACGACGAUGAGGAUGAGAUGAUGGAUGCUGCAGAUGAAGUACGGUUUUGGGAAGAUGGAUGGAGAUCACGAUAUUAUCGAUCUAAAUUUGGAGUUGACCCGACAGAUGCACCUGGGUUCUGUAUCAAAGUUGGUCAGGAAUAUGCCCUUGGUUUAUGCUGGGUCUUAGCCUAUUAUUACCAAGGUUGUGCUUCAUGGGAUUGGUAUUUCCCGUAUCAUUAUGCUCCAUUUGCUAGUGACUUCUCCAAAAUCGCAGAACUCGAUGUUGACUUUUCGAAAAAAGAAACAAAACCGUUUAGACCACUGGAGCAACUUAUGAGCGUGUUCCCGGCCGACUCUCGUAGUCACGUCCCUCCAGCGUGGCAGGACUUAAUGACCGAUCCCGAUUCUCCUAUAAUUGAUUUUUACCCAACUGACUUCAAAGUAGACUUGAAUGGCAAACGAUAUCUGUGGAUGGGUGUAGCUUUGUUACCAUUUGUUGAUGAGGUUCGUUUGCUGAAAGCUUUGGAUGCCCGAAGAAAUCUUUUAACAAAAGAAGAGAUUGAGAGAAAUGUUCGUGGUUCAGACCAGUUGUUUUGUAGAGCUGAUCAUUCUGCUGGUCCAUUGUUGCAUUCUCUAUACAAAGUAUCACAUGAAAAGGUUGAGAAAGAUAAUUCGGAAGAACAAGUCAUACCAACUUGGGCAUCUGCAAUUGAUCCACGUGUUACGUUUGGAAUUAGUGGUCUAAUCUGGCCUAACAAAAUGGCUUACUUGCCUGGGAGUCGUGUACCUAGUGCAGUCCCAGGUCACGUUCCUGAUUUAAAGGUUUCUGAAGCUGUAUCAAUAUAUUUUUCAGAUCCUCAAUAUCCAAAGGGCUUCGUCUUUCCUUCCAAAUUACUUGAAUCCGUUAAAAUGCCACCCCCAGUGUACCUUCAACCUCCUCAGCGUGGCAGAGGAAGAGGACGAGCAAGUUUUCGCACCGAUGAACAUCGUGGACGUUUUAAUGCCAAUGCGGCUAUGCAGUACUAUGCUCGAGACAAUUCGUCAGAUAGGGAGGAUACUGGUAGAGAUUUUUAUCCAAACUCACCGAUGAACAGGAUGGUUAUGAAUUCAUUACCACGAUAUCAGCGCAGUCGAGGUAGCCACUUACAGUAUUCAUCUAAAUCAGAUUGUGGCAAACCAAGUAACAACAUUCCAACAAAUUGGCGACCUGGGUCUUUUAAUCGUUUUCCUUCUCAAAAUGAUGCUUAUCAUCGAGGUGGACCUGCCUAUCGUCAAUCUAGUAGUCAUCCAUACGCUAAUCCGUAUUCUGUCCAUCCUCCAAACUUCAGUACAGGUCUUUCCAAUUCAGUCGUUAAGAAUAGCCGCCCACCAUGGUUGCCUCCAAAUGGUAGGGGUUGAUCAAAAUAUCAAAGCUUCUACUACUUUUUUUCAUAUUCAUACUACUUUCUUCCUGCAUUUUUAUAUUUUAUUAUUAUAACACAAUAUUAGUUGUAUAUGAUGUAGAAAUUAUUUUGCGCCUGUACAACAUAAGUAAUAAAUAUUUACUCCUUUCUUCACCAAUUCUAUUUACAUUAACAUGUAUACUAGUAACUGUAUUCUGGCACAAUCAAAUAGAAAACUUUGAUAUGGCAAUUUGUAUAGUGAAUAUCACUGAUCAUUUGUCAAUUUCUAUUUAACAGCUGAGUAGUGACACUAAAUUGUGAAAGACUAAUAUAAUUUUUUCGAAAUUUCAGCUGUUAAUAUAAACAAUUGAUAUUCUGUUCCAAAGAUUUUUAUUAAUUUCCUCAUUCUUAGUGAAUUUUUAAACCGUACUUGUUACGUAAUGAACAACUGGUACUCAAUUCAACUAAAUGACUCCAUAAAUAAUAAUCCAUAAAUAAUUCACAACCUAGGUUCUCAUUGUUUUAGAUUAUUCACUGUCCUAGCCACUAACAGUUGAAUAAACACUGGAUGAUA